AUGAAACACGGCAUUUGGUCCGAAGACGAGCACGACCGCUUCCUACUUGCCAUUAAGGAAUAUCCGAGAGGUCCAUGGGGGUGCAUCGCAUCGAUUGUCCGUACUCGCUCCGUCCGACAAGUGCAAACCCAUACGCAGAAAUACUACGAGAAGAUCAUGCGAAGAGUGCGUGGACUACGCAAAGACCGCAAGACGUGGGCGCGGGUCGAGCACCGCAUCGACUCCGACAUUCUGACAUUCUGCGACUUUAUGAAGAGCAUGGGUAGCAACAAAGUCAAGGUAAACGCCCUCAAAGUCAACACCAUGGUGACGAUAUCCCCUCCGUCCAGCUCCAGCUCCAGUCCCUGUACUAGUCCAGUACAAUUUCAACUCACUCUCGAUGAGAGCAGCUCCGAACCGGAGGAUAUCACCGAGGUAGUGGUCAACGAUCCCAGCAAUUCGUCACAGCUAGAAUUACCGUCACUGGAAGAGGCACUUGACUUCUUUAUUGAAAUCAUGGAGCAGUGA